AUGCGUUAUAAUCGCUUACAAGAACUGCAUAUUGAGACUGGAAAGUUAGGACCGAAUGAGAUUGCAGCUUGGUACGACACAUUUGAUACACAAACAUUGGAGUUUCUGGAUUGGUUUCAAGAUAAUAUAAGUUCUGAUAAUUGCUUAGAAUAUUCUGAAACAUUGGCUUAUGAUGAAUUAAUCAACAAGGAACUAUUCCUUGAAGGCACAGCUUAUGAUCAAGCCCUGGAACAAUGUGAAUCUGAUCAUCCAGGGAUAUUCAAUCAGGAAGCAAAUGAAUUGGAAUGUGAAUUAUUAGAAGCAGAGCUUUCAUAUCAUCAAGAAGAACUUGAAUAUUUAACCAAAUCAUUAUGCAUCACAAAUGACAAAAACAAAGACUUGAAAAAGAAGCAUUCUGGACAAAUGUUAGAGAUUUCCAAUGUAGAUUUACAUAAAGAUAAAGCUGCUUCAACAUGUUUGCAGCUGGCUUGUGUACUGGAUCAACUAAACACAAAUUUAGGAGAAAAAUUGCUCGCUUGUUUCAAUAUCAUCAACAACACACAUGAUUAUGAUACAACAACACUGUCUACCACAUUUAAUCAUGAAGGAAACAAUGAAUUUGUACCACAAUUAGAGCUUAUCUUAACAGAGGUUUUAGCCUCACUUGAUAUCUCAAACAAUUCAUUAAAUAUUUCAAAAUCUGUGAAUAGAUCAGUGCAAAGCCAUGAAGAAAGCCUCAUAUCAUCUGUUUUUGUCGAUAUGGAAAAGAGUUUGUAUAAUAAUCCAGAGUAUAUCACUACUUUUCGGGUAAUAGCUGACCGAUUAACACAUGUGUUGUAUCAAUACCAUGAAUCCGCUGGUAAAGUUGAAGUUUUGAAUGCCAAAAUGAAACAAUUACAGAAUUUAAGCAGGUUUGGCUUGGGUUAUGAUUCAAUCCGGUAUAACACACCUUCAAAACUGAGAAAUAUUCGACAAAAACCACCAAACAUUCAACAAUUUGUUAAAUAUUUAAUUAAUCAACCUAAUAUGAGUUUAAAAUCAACAGAAGAAGCUGGUAUUAAUGCGAAAAUUAAGUGUUUUAUAGAUCUGGAAAGCAAACUUGAUGAUUUAUUGCAAUUUCAACACUUAACUUUAGAAUUAUUUGCAUGUGAAGUGGAAACAUUUGAUCAACUGGAUCAUUUUGUACUAGAAAUCAAGGAAUAUGUAUUAAAGGAGUUGAAACAUUGUGAAACACGGAUGGAAGACAUGCAGUUGAUUGUUGAUGAUUACAAGCUGUAUCAGCAGAAACCAAUUGAAGAAAAGUGGCAUACGCUUGGAUUAAUCUUGAAAUUAAUCGAAGCAGAGACAGAUAUUGAUCUUACAGAGGCGUUACUGGUGAUUAGAGCCUUUGAGGAUAAGUGUGUUGAUAUAAAAGGAAGAUGUUCAUUGUAGAUGUUGAUUUCAUGGCUAAAGAAUUACAAAAAGUGGAGACGAAUAACAAGGUAUUGCAUACAUUCCUAAGCAACAAAGCAACUGGUAAACCUACAGUGAUUCCAAGUAAUGUUUACGGCGCAUUGCGGCAGGUUUCAGACUUUAUUGCAUUUCAAUGCAAGAUUAUCAGACAUGAUCGAGAAAAACCAAGAGAAACCAAGCGUAAAUUGGAAGCCAACAAAUGGUUGAAGCUCCGCCGUCAACUCUGGAUGUAUUUCCUCCGCAAACCGGAAAAGAUGGAACAAAUCCUCGAUGAAAUUGAGCGUUACGUCCACGUAAAACGUUCUGCCUUCCUCACAUCAUAAAAAUCUGAUGAUUUUAUUGUUAUAUUAUACAAUUCGUGGCGAUUGUUUAUUUAUAAUGUUGCAUAAAUUAUUUACAUCAAAUUACGAAUUAUGUGACGUCCGCACAAAUUUAUUAAAUAUAUUAGAUGCUUUAUAUUA